AUGAGAGAAGUCAUUAGUUUGAACGUUGGCCAGGCUGGUUGCCAAAUCGCCAACUCCUGCUGGGAGCUUUACUGUCUCGAGCACGGCAUUCAGCCCGAUGGUUACCUCACCGAGGAGCGCAAGAAGCAGGACCCUGACCACGGAUUCAGCACUUUCUUUUCUGAGACUGGCCAGGGCAAGUAUGUCCCUCGUACCAUCUACUGCGAUCUCGAGCCCAAUGUCGUCGAUGAGGUCCGCACUGGUACCUACCGCAGCCUUUUUCACCCUGAGAACAUGAUUACCGGCCGUGAGGAUGCCUCGAACAACUACGCCCGUGGUCACUACACCGUCGGAAAGGAGAUGAUCGACCAGGUCCUCGAUAAGGUCCGCCGUGUUGCCGACAACUGCGCUGGUCUCCAGGGUUUCUUGGUCUUCCACUCGUUCGGUGGUGGUACCGGAUCCGGUUUCGGUGCUCUCCUCAUGGAGCGUCUCUCCGUCGACUACGGCAAGAAGUCUAAGCUGGAGUUCUGUGUCUACCCUGCCCCCCAGAACGCUACCUCCGUCGUUGAGCCCUACAACUCCAUCCUGACCACCCACACCACCCUGGAGCACUCCGACUGUAGCUUCAUGGUUGACAACGAGGCCAUCUACGACAUCUGCCGCCGCAACCUCGGAAUUGAGCGCCCCAGCUACGAGAACCUGAACCGCCUCGUCGCUCAGGUUGUUUCUUCCAUCACCGCUUCGCUCCGUUUUGAUGGCUCCCUCAACGUCGACCUGAAUGAGUUCCAGACCAACCUGGUCCCCUACCCCCGUAUCCACUUCCCUCUGGUCGCCUACGCCCCCGUUGUCUCCGCCCACAAGGCCGCUCACGAGUCCAACUCGGUCAACGAGAUCACCAUGUCCUGCUUCGAGCCUAACAACCAGAUGGUCAAGUGUGACCCCCGCAACGGCAAGUACAUGGCUACUUGCUUGCUCUACCGUGGUGACGUUGUCCCCAAGGAGACUCACGCCGCCGUGGCUACCCUCAAGACCAAGCGCACCAUCCAGUUCGUCGACUGGUGCCCGACUGGUUUCAAGAUUGGUAUCUGCUACCAGCCUCCUCAGCAGGUGCCCAACGGCGACCUCGCCAACCUCAACCGCGCUGUUUGCAUGCUGUCAAACACCACCGCCAUCUCCGAGGCCUGGUCCGCUCUCGACCACAAGUUCGACCUCAUGUACUCCAAGCGUGCCUUCGUUCACUGGUACGUUGGUGAGGGUAUGGAAGAAGGUGAAUUCUCCGAGGCUCGUGAGGAUCUUGCUGCCCUGGAGCGUGACUACGAAGAGGUUGCCAGCGACUCGCUGGAGGAGGAGGGCGAGCUUGAGCCGGAAUACUAG